ACGACGUGUUGUCAACCGCGGCUCUGGACACUUCCACAGGGGGAUAAACAAUUUCUCUCCAUAGCAUCUCGCCUCUGUAAAUACUCCCCACUGCUCGCUGCUACCUACCAGAAUGAAUGUGGGUGUGGCACACAGUGAGGUGAACCCCAACACUCGGGUGAUGAACAGUCGAGGGAUCUGGCUGACCUAUGCACUUGGUGUUGGAAUUCUGCACAUUGUGCUCUUGAGCAUACCCUUCUUCAGCGUGCCAGUGGUGUGGACUCUUACUAAUGUCAUUCACAACUUUGGAAUGUACGUCUUCAUGCAUGCAGUGAAAGGAACGCCUUUUGAGACCCCCGACCAAGGAAAAGCCAGACUUCUUACACAUUGGGAACAGCUCGACUACGGCGUGCAGUUCACUUCUUCUCGAAAGUUCUUCACCAUCUCACCGAUCAUUCUAUACUUCCUGGCAAGUUUCUACACAAAGUACGACACAGCACACUUCGUCAUAAACACUGCCUCACUUUUGAGCGUCCUGAUUCCCAAGCUCCCGCAGCUACACGGAGUGAGAAUUUUCGGCAUCAACAAGUAUUAAGAUAUCGUAAACGCUGUGUCUCAUAGAAACCGAAGUUAAUUCCCACGUAGUCUGUAUCGCCCGAUGUGUGUACCAGGUUGUACAGUUUGUGUAAAACGCCACCGUUGUUGUCAGAGUCGUUGGGCGGAAGAUGAAAUGUUUCCAAACCAUGAGUAUGUUUGUAGAUGACAGGAUGCCAUAUGCAUUACAACCAUAUGUGAAUAUUUAAUGAUGUAUAUUUGGCCUGCAUUGACCUGGGCUGGCCCAGGCAUCUUUCAGGCAUUUGGUUAAGUUCAGGUUCUUUUUUUCCUUUUUCUUUGCCAUCAAUUCACACGGCGUUGAGUACGACUUUGUCUCUAUCAACAAAGUUGUCCCCAGUGUAUUUUUCAGAGAUGUUUACUCCCUGAGGGUUGGAGCCUGUGGCUCGUUAUUACACUCUAAUUUUGUAAUGGGCGUCAAAACUUGUUUUUGUGCUGAGCAAAGAAUGGAAUCAUACUCUUUUGUUUGCAUGAUUUCCUUGGUAUGUGAAUCAUUUUCCCACUUGUAACUCAGUCAAAACAGGGCAGUGUUUGUUUUUUUUUCCCUUUGUACAGUUUUAUUUGUGAAUGUUUUGUUCUGUAUGAUAAAAUAAAAGUCCUGUAUAUGGAAAUAAGACAAA